GUUGCUAGGGAACAUAUAAUGAAGCAGAGAUGGAAAUUUUAACAUUUUAAGAGAAAUUUGUGGAGGUAUUGCAGCAAAAUAGCUUUAACUUUUCUACGGGCAAUUAAUGAGCUUAUGGGAAUGAAAAAGGUUGUUUAAAUGUUUAAAUAAGCAACCAGGUGGUUCAGUGCGAUGGUGCAUUUGACCAGAAAUAUUUGAGAAAAUACAUAAAUCUAAAAGAAGCGUUUAAUAUAUUAACAAAAUAUAUUUUUUACUUGGCCUGGCAUGUAGUCAGGGUCAGAACCGUUUUGCCGGCUUGAUCCUGUCACAUCUGUUGCCUCAGCCUCUGAUGUCACUGAAUGAGCAGUGCGGGCUUCCAGUGCGCACCUUCGGGGACGCAGCGGUGCCACAGACAGUCAAUUCUUUGCUCGAAACCUUUUGUUUCUCCCCAAAUUCCUGCAUCCGCAUUUCAACCUGUGGCUAGGCACCUAUAAAGAAACUCCUCUUUUGUGUUGCUGCGUUUAGAUGAACUUUUUGGAAGCAGAAAAACAAGUGAGGUGGCGUUAGGCUGAGGUGAUGGUGUCCUUGAGCGCGGGCUGUUGCGCUCUGCUUUUUAACUAGAGACCAAUAUUCUGCGUUAAAGGAGACAUUUCCGUUUCGUUUAUUUUUUGCAGCAGUCGUUUGAUCUCAGCUGUGUUUAUCGAUAUCAGUGUCAGCUGAGCUGUCAGUCCUUGUCCAGCAGCAGCAGCAGCAGCAGCAGCAGUUCGGUCGGUCGGUGCAGGUAGAAGCGGUUCGGCACCAUGGACAGCUCCGUGGUGCACAUCUACAAAGAGGACAGGUGUCCCCCAGGACAGCCAGAGGAGUGCAUACCAAACUUCACCUGGCAACCCGGACUGUCGGACGUCUUCAACUACACUCCCAACGGCACCUGGGACGCCGAGCCCAUGUCGCCCCUCAUCCCCAUCAUCGUGGCGGUGUACUCCGUAGUGUUUGUGGUGGGCUUGGCGGGCAACUGUUUGGUGAUGUAUGUCAUCAUUAGAUACACCAAGAUGAAAACAGCCACCAACAUCUACAUCUUCAACCUGGCCGUGGCCGACGCUCUGGUCACCACCACCAUGCCCUUCCAGAGCACCGACUAUCUGCUCAGCUCCUGGCCGUUCGGCGAGGUGGCAUGCAAGGUCUUCAUCUCCAUCGACUACUACAACAUGUUCACCAGCAUCUUUACCCUGACCAUGAUGAGCGUGGACCGCUACGUGGCCGUGUGCCACCCGAUCAAGGCCCUGGAUUUCCGCACGCCCGUCAAGGCCAAGCUCAUCAACGUGAUCAUCUGGGUGCUGUCGUCUGCCGCCGGGGUUCCUGCCAUGAUUCUGGGCAGCACAAAAUCCAACAAUGGGACUACAGAGUGUGCUCUACAGUUCCCUGAACCCUACAUCUACUGGGACACCCUGAUGAAGAUCUGUGUCUUCAUCUUUGCCUUCGUAGCGCCCGUCAUAAUCAUCACUGUCUGCUACACUCUGAUGGUCAUGCGGCUGAAGAGCGUGCGCCUGCUCUCCGGCUCGCGAGAAAAGGACCGCAACCUGCGUCGGAUCACGCGCCUCGUCUUGGUGGUGGUCGCCGUCUUUGUGGUGUGCUGGACCCCCAUCCACAUCUUCAUCUUGAUCAAGGCCUUGUCGGCCAACGUGCCCGAGACCACCGCUGUCAUGGCCGCUUACUUCUUUUGCGUGGCGCUAGGUUACACCAACAGUAGCCUCAACCCCAUCCUCUACGCUUUCCUCGACGAGAACUUCAAGAGGUGCUUCAGGGACUUCUGCUGCCCCGGAGCCAGGAGACACGGGGACUGUCAGGGGGUGAGUCGAGUGAGGAGCACCCUGCGAGACCACUCGUGUCCCACAGAAGGUCGAGGAGACACCAUGAGGCAGGCCAGGCCGGUAUGACUAGCCAUGGACACGUCCUCUAUGCCCUACCAGGGCUGGGAGGACUCCAACGAUCUGGGCUUGACUCAAAUCACCACUGCUAUCUGAGGGCGGGGCCACAGAAAGGACUAGAUUUUUAAAUGUAUUCAGCAUGUUGGUCAGAGAAUCAGAAGAAUUUGUUGACUGAAGAAUAAUUUAGUUAUAUUCAGAACUUUUCUAAUUAAGACUAAUCCCAUUAUAAAAACCCCAAACCAUCCAACAAUGUGUCCUACACACCAAUGUUACCUGUGUAGCCAAAACCGUAUGAGAUUAUUCUGACAUUGUUGUUGAGAAAUACAUCAAAAUGUAAAUGAGUCGUACGGUUGGAGUGGAUGACGUGAUACUUCAAAAGGAAGCUGUGUCUGACUGGAGUCAAUCCCUCGACUUUAACCUGCUGCUCUUUGACUUAGACCUCUUAAUGUGUAACUCUCCGCCACAUUAACUAAUCCCCAACAGAUACAAAAUGUACUUGUUUGAGAAAUAUCUGCAAGAAUCUACAGUAACAAAGUGCUUGAAAAAUAACUUUAUACUAAACAAGGUGU